GUCAAAGUUGAACCGUCAGUUAGGAAACAUGGUUGUGUAAGGACAGCCCAUUACAUCUAUUACCUAAGCCUCAUCUCUCAUAACUUCACCGCAGGAUCGGUUCAUCGCUUGCGAACACAAGGGCAUAAGGAUGUUACUCUCUUCUGCACGGACAGCGAUAUUUUGCUGUUGCAGAAGUGCUGGCAAGGGAUUUCAACACAACAGCCGGAGUCCACAGCUACGACAAUGGCUGGUGAAGAGAGGUCAGAGCACCAUCACAGUAGAGGCUGGGGCCUCCCCCGCCCCGGCUGCAGUGACUGUCCCCAGUGCGGCUACAAAUCGCAUACUGGGUCGCUGGUUACUGGGCUGCAGCGGGCUGGUGGUUGGGGCCGUCGUCUUGGGUGGUGUCACAAGACUCACGGAAUCUGGGCUUUCCAUGGUUGACUGGCAUCUGGUGAGAGAGAUGAAGCCGCCUCAAACACAAGCAGAGUGGGAGGCUGAGUUUUCUAAAUACCAGCAGUUUCCUGAGUUCAAAAUAAUGAACCAUGACAUGACUCUGUCGGAGUUUAAGUUCAUCUUCUUCAUGGAGUGGGGGCAUCGUAUGUGGGGUAGGCUGGUUGGACUUGCGUACGUCCUCCCCACCAUCUACUUCUGGAGGAAAGGAUACUUCAAUCGCUCCAUGAAGGGAAAAGUACUGGGGCUUUGCGGAUUUGUCUUUUUCCAGGGCCUUCUGGGGUGGUACAUGGUAAAAAGCGGUCUGGAAGAGAAACCUGAGUCUUACGACAUCCCGCGGGUCAGCCAGUAUCGUCUGAGCGCUCACCUUGGCUCAGCCUUGUUGCUGUACUGUGCCAGUCUCUGGACAGGGCUUACUCUGCUGCGGCCUGCACACAAGUUGGCAGAAACCAAAAAUCUCCUGCAGCUGAGGAGGUUUGCCAAGGGUACAGGUGGCCUGGUCUUCCUUACUGCUCUUUCAGGUGCUUUUGUUGCUGGUUUGGAUGCUGGGCUGGUGUACAACUCCUUCCCUAAGAUGGGAGAACGAUGGGUCCCUGAUGAUCUCCUGGCAUUCUCCCCUACCCUCAAGAACUUCUUUGAAAAUCCCACAACUGUGCAGUUUGACCACAGAAUUCUGGCGAUCUCUUCUUUGACUGCAAUUACAGGCCUCUAUCUCUUCUCAAGGAGGAUGGUUCUGCCCAGGAGGGCUAAGUUGGCCAUCAACCUCCUUACAACAAUGGCCUAUGCACAGGUUGCCCUUGGCAUCAGCACCUUGUUACUUUACGUCCCCACUCCACUGGCAGCAACUCACCAGUCUGGCUCUGUGGCUCUUCUCACACUGGCCAUUUGGGUCUUGGCAGAGCUCCGCAAAAUGCCCAAGUAAAGCCUGCUCAUUUAAGGACAGAUCCUUACUAGCCACACCUCAAGCCUCUAAGAGUCAGUCGUGUCACUGUGAACGAGGCAUUCAGAGACGAAAAGUGAAAAGAUGGAGGUGCUGAAAACAGAAGAUUUUCAUUGAACAGUUGAUUUUUAUGCAUAUGCUGAAGUGAAUCUGCUCUGUGGUGGUGCAAAGUAUUUCUUACAUCACAGCCUUAUCAAAGCAGGACUGUUACUUGAGUGUUUUUGUUAGAAAAAAAAAGAUGAAACAUCAAGGUUGUCAAAGAGAAGUUGACUGAACCAUUUUGCAGAUGCACGUUGUCAUCAGGAGAUGACAAUGUGGGUUUCUGUUUUGCAAGGAAAUAAACAAAGGAAUGCAAAACAAGAACAUUUUCAGUUUCUGUCCAGCUUUAAUGACACAACAACAGGACACAUUUAUUUGGCUUAAGUAGACUGACUUACUGUUUUUGUUCAUGUUCACAGUUUGAACAGGAUGUUUUCAAUGAAAAUUUGCUCUCUGUUGCCUAACCGCACACUGCCUGUUAGUUAAUUUAGAUGUGGCUGUUGGGAUUAUUUGUAUAAUUGUGUAUAUUUAAGUUAUGAACCAUUUCUUUGCCAGCUUUGUGAUGAUGAAUUUGAAGAAAGUAAAUAAUAUGUGAAGUCUUGAUUGUUGCUUUGUGCUGCAUCUUUAGAAUAUGUAAAGCUAAAAGCCGCCUUCUGUUAAUAAAGACGAUUAUUAUGUACAGUC